CCCCGACGCGCUCCGGGCCCCGGGAAGGGCCGGGCCGGGGGCUCCGGGCCGCAGGUCCCGGACGGAGGAGCCGGGAGCGCCUCAGGUGGAAGAUGGGAUGUUUUAGGUGAAACCUGCUCGCCAUGAAAUCCCGAGGGAGAUAGAGGGACUGCAGUGGGAGCUCCUUCUCACUCCCCUACAACAAAUCCAACAACUGCCUGAUGGGAUUUCCUCUCUGCCUGGCGUCAUGGGGAGCUGCUGCAGCUGUCUGUGCCCAGACAGCAUCCCAGACAACCAUCCCACCAAAUUCAAGGUGACCAACGUGGACGACGAGGGGCACGAGCUGGGCUCGGGGGUGAUGGAGCUGACGCGGCGGGAGCUGAUCCUGCACUCGCACAAGCGCGACGCCGUGCGGUGGCCGUACCUGAGCCUGCGGCGCUACGGCUUCGACUCCAACCUGUUCUCCUUCGAGAGCGGCCGCCGCUGCCACACCGGCCAGGGGAUUUUUGCCUUCAAGUGCUCCAGAGCAGAGGAGAUCUUCAACCUGCUGCAGGACCUGAUGCAGUGCAACAGCAUCAACGUGGUGGAGGAGCCCGUGGUGGUGACCAGGAGCAGCCACCCCGCGGAGGGGGAGCUGGCCCACAGCCCCCAGGGCCCCCCCAGUCUGGGCUACACUGGGCUUCCCAAUGGAUUUCACAGCUUCCCUGGAGAAUCCCUGUCCUGCUCUACAGCCCAGCAGCCCUCAGUGAGCAGCCUGAGACAUUCCUCUGCGGGGGAAGACUCUACCCACCCUCUCCUGGGGCCUGAGGAGCAGUCCCACACCUACGUCAACACCGGCGAGCCGGAGCCGAGGGGCCGCCACUGUUUGCACCCCCUGCCUGAAGCCCACCCUCCUUUCCCCCCUAGGAACCACAGCUGCUCCCUGGAAGACCGGAGCCCCCAGGUCCUCCUGCAGCCAGGGGAGGUGAAAUUCGUGCUGGCUCCCACCUCGGGUUACCGCCGGCUGUGCCGGCAGCCCCGGCCGUGCUGGCCUCACCUCUGCGCCCCCAACAACAACAACAACGAGUGCCAGCAGGGCUGUCCGUCCCCACAGUGUGUCUAUGAGAACCUCAACGGGCUGGUGGCCUCCAGCAGCUCGUCCCUGUGCCGGGCUGGCCGCCCCAAGGCGUCCCGGGAGGACGGCAGCUGCUCCCAGCGCCGCUCGGCGCUGCUGCACUACGAGAACCUGCCGGCGCUGCCGCCGGUGUGGGAGCUGCAGCCGGCCCAGCACGGGGAUGAGGACGCUGGCAUGGCACCCACACCAUCCCCAAACGGCUUCUCUGAGGCUGGAGAGGAGGAGCCCCUGCAGAACCCCGCGGGCUCGGAGCCGCGCCGCGCUUUCCUGCCCAGGCCCCGGCGCAGCCGCCUGCCCAACGUCUUCAGCUUCGACUUCCCCCGGCCCUGCCCGGAGCCGCCACGGCAGCUCAACUACAUCCAGGUGGAGCUGGAGCCCGAGGCCUGCAAGGGACAGCAGGAGCCCAGGGUGGCGGCCCCUGGCAGCCCCGGUGCCCGCCGCACCGACUCCUACGCCGUCAUCGACCUCAAGAAGACGGCGGCCAUGUCCAGCCUGCAGCGGGCCCUGCCCAGGGACGAUGGCACCUCGAGGAAAACUCGCCACAACAGCACUGACCUGCCCCUCUGAGGGCCCCAAGUGCCAGCCCCGUGUCGUGGCUUUGGUCCCUGCCCCUCUCCGUGUCCUGUCCCCCCUGAGUGUGGCUCCCUCUCUCGCCAUUGCCAUCGCCGGGGCCCAGCGUGGCUCCUGCAGCUGCUGCUGUUGAGGCUCUGUCUGUCUGUCCGUCCUCCCCUCUCUGUGUGCUGCUCGUUUUUCAAGCCUUGUGGGAUGUUUGGUGGUUUUUCAAGCCUUGUGGGGUGUGUGGUGGUUUUUCAAGCCUUGUGGGAUGUGUGGUGACUCUGAGGGUGGAAUUGCGGUGGCGCAGCCUGGGCUGGGGCAGGGCAGAGGCAGCUGGGCAGUGCCUCGGGGCAGUGCUCCCAAAACUGAGCUGCUUCAGGAGCUCUGUGCAAAUGGAGCCUGUUCCUCGUGGAUUUCACACCUCCAGGAGAGCUCCGUGGUGAGGCCACUCCAGAGCUGGGCUUUGCCUUGUGCUGCCAGUGGUGCCUGGAGAUGAGGAGCUCACGCCGUGGCCUUUCCCCCCUCAGCUCGUUGUUCGUUCCUGAAGCUUUUUAUCCUUCUGUCCCUGUCUCAGAUCCAAUUUCAAUUGGGCAGCUGCAAUGAAACCAGGAGGACACAGAGCCAUGGGCACACACUGUGAUCACAGAAACCUGAUUGCCUAAAUCCUUAAAUUCCCUCCCCUGCUUUAGAAGAGGAGGGAAAGGCCACAACCAUGAGGGAGACUGGAAGUUUGGUCUAGAAAACUUCACUUGUGCCAUACCCUGCUUUGUUUUUUUUUUUUUUUUUACCAGGGUUCUAUUUGGCAGCUACUGAGAAGUGCUGUGGGUUUAUUUAUUUGUUUACUUAUUUAUUUAUGAGCCGCUCCUUUGCAUCCCAGUUCGUUGCCAAACUGGUGCCAGUCUGCAGCCUGUGCUCGCCGGGGCUCGCUCCUGCUUGGGAGGACGGGUCCCAAAAGAGCUUGGUGGCUUUGCUGAGCCACCAGCUGGGGGAAAAACACUGUGGAGAGGAGCGGCUGGGCAUGCAGAAUGUGUGAACUGGGGGGCUGAGUAUUCGGGGGGUGGGUGGGAAAUGGAACGGGAGCCGUGGGAGUGGGAGCAGAGCCGCCGGGCAGCCGAGCUUGGAGCGGCAUCAAAGCGACACCCACGAGCCCGGCUGGGGCUGGGAGCAGCCCGGCUCGGUGGCAGCAGGGGAUGUGCACUUUGUUCUCUCAGCUGUGGGCCUGGGAGGGCUCAGGUUCUGGGUACAUUCGUGGCCUUUUGCUGUGGAUUUCUGUCUCGAUGCCGGGGUGGCGCUGGGCUGCCCUGGGAUGUCCCCUUGUCCCUCCCCGUGGGACGCGCGGCACCUCGGCCUUUCCCUGGAUUUCUGUGCCUGUUCUGAUGGAGAGCAGUGCUCUGGGGUGCUCUAGGGUGCUCUGGGGUGCUUUGGGAUCUUGUGGGAUCCUCUGGGGUGCUCUGGAGUGCUCUGGAGUGCUCGGGGAUCCUCUGGGGUGCUCUGGAGUGCUCUGGGAUUCUCUGAGGUUCUCUGGGAUGCUCUGGGAUCCUUUAGGAUUGUCUGGGAUGCUCUGGGAUCCUCUGGGAUGCUCUGGGAUCCUUUAGGAUGCUCUGGGAUCCUCUGGGGUGCUCUGGGAUCCUCUGGAAUUCUCUGGAGUGCUCUGGGAUGCUCUAGGAUUCUCCGAGGUUCUCUGGGAUGCUCUGGGAUGCCCUGGGAUUCUCUGGGGGGUUCUGGGAUCCUCUAGGAUGCUCUGGGAUCCUUUAGGAUCCUCUGGGAUCCUCUGGGUUGCCCUGGGAUGCCCUGGGAUGCUCUGGGGUGCCCUGGAUCCCCCCUCCCUGCUGGCUGUGCCCGUGUUUCUCCUGGGACAGGGGCUGGCUGCAGUGCCAGCCCUCGUGUCCCCCUUGUCCUUUUCCUGCUGUUGAUCCCCAUGGAAGAGGAAGGAGCCCCGUCCCCCCAGCUCCAGCUCCAGGCCUUGCGAAUUCACAAGUUCUGCCUUUUUUUUAAUUUUGUUUUUUGGUGCUGUCCUGUCCUGUUGAGCUGUUGGGGACAAGGCCAGGUGUCCCCGGUGCCAGUGGUGCCAUGUUUGUGUCGCAGAACGUGCAGUCCUUGGCUUGCUGUUGCACUAUCAAUUCCAAGUGUGCCACGUGCUUCAACCCACUGGUUUUUCUUUUCGUUUUGGAGGUCCUUGUGCUCGUCUUCCAUUCUUUCAUCUGUCCCUUGUGCCACCUGUAACUGAAAGGAGACCCAAGUAAUAUAUUUUUAUAUGUAUAGCAAAUGACUUUAUUUGAAGGGAAAAAAAAAAACAAAACAAAAAACAACCCCCACCCCAAGUAAUGUAUGCCCCCAAAUCCAGCUUUCAUUUAGGGAAGUGAGAGAAGAAAUUGUUUAUAUCUAUCUAUCUAUAUAAAUAUAUAUAUAUAUAUAUAUAUAUAAUAUAAAAGUUAACUGCGUUAAGCUUUAAAUAAAGU